GUUCACCAAUCACCACUGCCGGAAUAUUUUAACUCGACCCCGCCCUACCUCUCGCCGUCGACCACAAGUCCACAACCCACAAAAUGCACGGGAGGACCCAGGGCGCCGCCGUCGGCGACAUGACCCAGCGCCUUCUCCUCGCCCUCUCGCUCAUCGCAUCAGCGACCGCCGUGCCCGCUGUCAUCCGCACGGUCCCGGACGACCCCACCGCGGGCUCCUCUGGCGCGGCAGACGCCGCGGACGCGCUCUUCUGUGACAGCUGGAGGCUGUCGGUGGAGACGGCCAACGCGGGCCCCUGGAGCGCCGUGCCCUCGCGCUGUGGGGCUUUCGUGCGGGACUACAUGGAGGGACCUCGCUACGCGUCUGACUCCGCCGUCGCCGACGCCGACGCCCUAGCCUUCGCCUCCGAAGCCCUGGCCGCCGCCGAGUGGGGCGGCUCGGCGAGCGCGAGGCCUGCGUGGGUGUUCGACGUCGACGAGACGCUGCUCUCUAACGCGCCGUACUACGCGGUCAACGGAUGGGGAUCACAGGAAUUCAAUGAGACCUCAUUUGAUGAAUGGGUAGAUGCUGCAAAGGCACCAACAUUACCAUCGAGCUUGAAUUUGUACAAUCAACUUCAGGGACUUGGUUUCCAUGUUAUCCUAUUGACUGGCCGGAGUGAAUUCCAACGUAAUGCCACAGAAUUGAAUCUUUUGUUUGCUGGCUACAACUCAUGGGAAAAACUCAUACUGAGGCAACCUUAUGAUAUUGGCAAGAACGCUGUGCAGUACAAAUCAGAGAGACGAGCAGCAAUGGAAGCGGAAGGUUUCAAGAUACUUGGGAACUCAGGGGAUCAGUGGAGUGAUUUGAUAGGAUCGCCCAUGGCAACGAGAUCCUUCAAGCUACCAAACCCAAUGUACUUCAUCAGCUGAUUUUAUUGUUAGAGCAGUGGACGAAGGAGCAGGUUUUCAUAGGGUGUUCAUAUGGUCCCGGUGUGAAACUGCUUUUGUUAGACAUCCCUCGGGACAUAAAUUUAGAUUUUUAUCUUCAAGCAUGUUGAAAUUCAACUGAGGCUUGGGUCCGUCGAAUCUGCCCUAUGAUGAUCUGUAAUUACACACUUCUUUUCCCACACUACUGGAAGCAUUUGUGGUAAGGC